AUGCAAUUAGUGCCGGUAGAAUUGAAUGGUUCCACUCUGAGCGGGAUCUCCGGGUCCAUCUCCAUUUCGUGCUGGAUCAUCGUGUUUGUUCCUCAGAUCUAUGAAAACUUUUACAGAAAGUCAUCCGAUGGGCUGUCACUACUGUUCGUGAUCUUGUGGCUAGCUGGUGACGUGUUCAAUCUGAUGGGUGCCGUUCUGCAGCAUUUACUGUCUACCAUGAUCAUUCUUGCCGCGUACUAUACCGUGGCCGAUAUCAUUUUACUUGGUCAAUGUCUAUGGUACGACAAUGAGGAAAAACCGGCAGUGGACCCUAUUCAUCUUUCUCCUGCUAACCCAAUGAACGAAAAUGUUUUGCACGACGUCUUCAACGAACAGCAGCCGCUGUUGAACACGCAAGGCCAGGCAAAUCACAUUGAUGAAGAAAUGGCUACUCCUUCGUCCAAUGGAGACGUUGCUGGUGACGAUUUGCGUAAAGCUAAUUCAAGAAAUUUCGUGAAGGACGUCUGUAUUGUUGCAGGAGUGGUUUUCGUGGGUGUUGUAUCAUGGUACGUGACCUACUGCUUAAACUACACGCAGUCUCCUCCCGUGGAAGACCCACCUUUGCCCGUUCCCGAAUUAGAAAUCAACUGGUUGGCACAGAUCUUUGGCUAUCUAAGCGCUAUGUUGUACUUAGGUUCAAGAAUCCCUCAAAUACUACUGAACUUCAAAAGAAAGUCUUGCGAAGGUAUCAGCUUCUUGUUUUUUCUGUUUGCCUGCUUGGGUAACAUAACGUUUAUUUUCUCCGUUGUUGUCAUCUCUCUAGACUGGAAGUACUUGAUUUUGAACGCUUCCUGGUUGGUUGGAAGUAUAGGCACUCUGUUCAUGGAUUUCGUCAUCUUUUCCCAGUUUUUCAUUUACAAAGGGAAUAAAAGAUUUAUACUAAAUUAA